AUGUUUUUAUUAAAUAACAUCAAAAAUACUAUUUUAAAUUUCAAAGGUCAAACAAUUCAUUCAAGAUUAAAUCAUCAAACAAAUCCUGUUGGAUUACGUUCAUAUUUUGAUAAAGAAAUUCAUGAACAUAAGAAAACAGGACGUUUACCUACAACAUUCAAUUUAAAUGAUUUGAAAUACUUUGAAAUACUUUCACGUAUUCGUAGUAAAUCCGAUCGUCUUUCAUAUCUUCGAUCUUUAAUACCAAUAAUCAAAACUCCACCAACGAUUGCUAUACCAGAAGAUUCAGGUGGUGUUCAUAGUGGAUUUCUUUGUCCAUAUCGAAUUCUUCGUCAACAUGAUUUUAUUAAUAUGUCAACAUGGAAUUAUUUCAAAGCUCAACGACUCAAUGAAAAUCUUCUAUUGAAUUGUUCAGGUCUAUCUAGUGUUCCAUUAGCACAAUUAAUUAUUGAUAUGAGAGCAAAUUUUAAUUUAUUAAAUGAACCAUGGUGGCCAAUAUUAACUGGUGUAUCAGAUGAUGUUCAUGAAGAAAUAAUUGAUAUAUUAAAAACAAAAUAUCAAUUACAUGGUGCACAUUUAUCUACAUGGGAAACACAAGAUAAAAUAUUAGAUACAAAAGAUUUAACAUUAAUUUGUGCUAAUCGUGGUGAAACAAUAUAUGAAAUUGAUUCGAAUAUAGAUUAUAUUGUUCAAAUAGAUGGUGAUAAUAGGCAAUGUUGUUUAGGUAAUGCAACAGAUAAUAGUAAUAAAAUCUAUAAAAAUAUUGUUAAACUUGAAUCAAAAACGAAAAGUUUUAAUAUAUCAAAAAGAAUCUUAACAUCUGAUCUAUUUUCAAUAUUAGCGUCAUUAAAAAUGAAAGGAUUAUUCUAUAAAAAAAUAAUCAAAGAUAUUGAUGAUGAAAAAUAUAAUAUAAAAUCGAAAGCUCGUAGUGGUUUAAUUUCGAAUUAG